AUGUUGGAAGGGGUCGAUAUUGUGAAGAAUGGAGAGGACAUGCAGUUUUUCGUACCCGAAACCGUGCCGGUCGCCGCAACAGAAGAAACCGAUGGUGAGGAAUUCGAGGGCUUCGAGGAUCCUCCCCCACCGAGGAAGGGCCAACAGGGAGAGGGGAAGGUGGAGGAGAAGGUGGAGGAGAAGGUAGAGGAGGAAGAGGAGGAGGAGCAAGAGGAGGCGGAGGAGGACGAGGCCGGGCGGAUGAGUGAGGAUGGCGAAAACGAGGAGUCUUCUCCAGCUACCGACAACAGCCCGGCAGACUGGAAUUCGCUGAAUCUGUCCCCGGCCCUUCUUCAUUCGCUCAGGCAACUCAAAUUCUCGAAACCCACAGCUAUUCAAGCGCAAGCCAUCCCGGAGGUUCUCGCCGGGCACGACGUCAUUGGCAAAGCUUCUACAGGUUCAGGAAAGACGCUUGCUUUCGCCAUUCCGAUCGUCGAGCAGUGGCUGCAGGAUAACGCCAAGGGAAAGACGGAAGAGGACAAGGAAGCAGACGACAUCAAGACGCCCCUUGCACUAGUCCUCUCCCCUACUCGCGAGCUUGCCCACCAGCUCGUUGACCACAUCAAAGCCCUAUGCAAAGGGCUACCACGGUCCCCCUACGUAUGCUCGGUUACAGGUGGCCUCUCCGUACUAAAACAACAGAGACAGAUCGCCAAGGCGGACAUAAUUGUCGCGACGCCGGGUCGACUCUGGGAAGUGAUCAGCACAGAUAUCCCGCUGCUCCAGGCGUUCAAGGGGAUCCGGUUUUUGGUGAUUGACGAGGCGGAUCGACUGCUGUCAGAGGGACAUUUCAAGGAAGCCGAGGAGAUUCUGAAUGCACUGGAUCGCGAAGAAUUCGGCUUCGACGAGGGGGAUGAGGACAGCGAUAGCGAGGAAUUGGGUCCCAGGCAAACGCUGGUGUUUUCCGCGACGUUUAACAAAUCCCUGCAGCAAAAACUUGCGGGCAAGGCGAAAUAUAACCUCUUGGACCAAGGAGAGUCCAUGGAAUACCUCCUGAAGAAGCUUAAUUUUCGCGAAGAAAAGCCCAAGUUCAUCGACGUUAACCCGGUUUCCCAGAUGGCGGAAAAGUUGAAGGAGGGACUCGUUGAAUGCGGACCCCUCGAAAAGGACUUGUUUCUCUACGCAGUUUUGAUGCUGAACCCCUGCCGGCGGACGCUUGUUUUCACCAACUCCAUCGGCGCGGUACGGCGGUUAGCGCCCAUGCUCCAGCACCUGAACCUCAAAGUGCACCCUCUUCAUUCCCAAAUGAUUCAAAAGGCUCGCUUACGGGCGAUUGAGAGGUUUUCCAACCCCACCACCAAAGAGGCGACCAUUUUACUCGCCACCGAUGUGGCGGCUCGUGGUCUCGAUAUUCCCAACGUCGACCAAGUGAUCCACUACCAUGUACCCCGCGCGGCGGAUGCGUAUGUCCAUCGAUCUGGCCGCACUGCGCGUGGUGAAAACUCGGGCGUCAGUAUCCUACUGUGUUCUCCGGACGAGGUUACGCCCAUCAGGAGACUGGUAGCCAAGGUUCAUCAAGAGAAGGCGGUGCGCCAAAAGUACAUCAUCAGGACGAUUGAUAUCGACAGGCGGGUGGUGUCAAAACUAAAGCCACGCCUCACGUUAGCCAAGACGAUUGCGGAUGCCACCAUUGCAAAGGACAAGGACAAGAAGGAGGACAAUUGGGUGAAAUCUGCAGCGGAGGAGCUGGGGGGCAGCGGAAAGAAGCAAAAGGAGAGGGAAGCCGCGCAGCUGACGAGAGCGGAGCUUGGCAUGUUGAAGGCUCAGCUCAGGGACUUGCUGGCGAGAAAGGUCAAUACGGGCGUCAGUGAACGGUACAUUACGGGAGGGCGGGUCGAUAUCGAGGCGCUGCUCAAGGCGGAGGGCCAGGGCGACUUUUUGGGCGCGGUUGGUGGCUUGAUGUCGGACUCCGACGACGACGACGACUAG